AUGAGACGGCGUGUUAGCCGCAGUCUCUGCGUGUCCUCGCCGCCUAAAACUGGACCGAUCCGAUCGUCUCCUGUCCGAGGCAGUCGGAGUCGUUCCAAUUCUCGUUUCCGUUUAUUUCACACAACUCCUACAACGUUUCACUUCCAAAACGCUUGCCACCCAGCGCACCGAAUGGGUCACAUAAUUUCGACUUACAGGGAUCCUUCUUCCAUGCCUGAUAUCACUAUCGGCCCUAUUUUUGACCAACAUCAAGGGUUCGCAGGUGAAAGGAAGAAACGCGUUUCCAAGGUAACAGAGGAAGAAAUGAUCGCGGCUGGUCUUAAGCCUCACGAACGGGAUUACUGUGCCCACACCUUGAUAGCUUUCAAGAAGUGCAAGGCAGAAAAUGCACUCGGAGCGUUUGUUUGUUCCCAUCUUCGGCACAUGAACUUGCAAUGCCAUUUGAACGAUCAGCUGCUGCGCAGAAAAGAGUAUGAACGUGAAAGGAGGUUACUGGCUAAGCAAAGAGCGCAUUCAUGAGGUCGUUAUAGUUAAAAGUGAUGAACAUGUAUCUUAGUCCAAUAAAGAAAGAAAUAAGUUACCGAAUUUUUUUGUUCAUCAUGCUGCACCUCGAGCUUUAAUCUUCGCAAGCGCAUUGUGUACGAACAAGUGAUUCUAAU